UCAUUCCAUCAAGCGCCUGGACAAAUGGAAAUGGUGUACAUAGCCAUGGAGGUGCUGAUCGCGGUCACCUCCGUGCUGGGCAACGUGCUGGUGUGUUGGGCAGUCACGAUCAACCGGGCUCUCAGGGAGACCACCUUCUGCUUCAUCGUGUCGCUGGCGCUGGCUGACAUCGCCGUGGGCAUCUUGGCCAUUCCCCUGGCCAUCACCAUCAGCAUCGGCCUCCAUACCAACUUCUACAGCUGCCUUUUGAUGUCCUGCGUCCUGAUAGUCCUGACUCAAAACUCCAUCUUGUCACUGCUCGCAAUUGCUGUGGAUCGCUACCUUCGCGUCAAGAUCCCAACCAGGUAUCGAAAUAUUGUUACGAAGAAGAGAGCCUGGAUCACUGUCGGUAUUUGCUGGCUAGCAUCUGUUUUGAAUGGCAUGACUCCCUUAUUCGGCUGGAAUAGAAGCAGUGAAAGUGGGUGGAAUUUUACCAAUGAAUACAAGAAAUGUGGGUUUCAAGAAGUGAUCAGAAUGGACUAUUUGGUGUAUUUUAAUUUCUUUGGUUGGUUACUCUUACCUCUAGUAAUCACAUUUAGCCUGUAUGCCGAAUUAUUUUGGAUAAUUAGGAAACAAGGAAAAAUGAUGGUUCCCAAUGCCACUGACUCAACAAGAUAUCUUGGGAAGGAGUAUAAACUCGCCGUAUCCCUGGCUUUAGUUUUAUGCCUUUUUGCUGCCUGCUGGCUUCCUUUGAACCUGAUGAACACCAUUUCGUACUUUUGUCCUCAGUACAGCAACUUAGGAAUACCUCUCUCUGUCGGAAUAUUGCUCUCCCAUGCAAAUUCAGCUGUGAAUCCUGUGAUAUAUGCUUGGAGGAUUAAAAAGUUCAGGGUAUCAUUUCUUCAGAUCUGGAAUCAAUAUUUCCAAUGCAAAAAUAAUAUCAAUUAUACAAAUAAUUAUGGUGGUCAAAUAGGAAAGGAAACCAUGAUAAGUUGCAGUGUUUGA